UGAAUUUUCUUGUACAAACAACAUUUUAAAUACUUAAUCGCAUCAGUUACUGAAAAUAAUUAGUAAUACACUAUAUAUGAGGUCUGUGUUUGUAUAGACUACUUUAUAAAGCGAACCCACCACUUACUUUUUCCCUUUAAACAUGAACCUCCUCUUUUUGCCUUCGUCGUAGCAAUGAAUCUGGAGAACUUUCAAAAUAUUUUCCUGAUGACAUGUUAGCUUCAAACAUCCGACAUCCUAAAGAAGUUACUGUUAGAGUGUACAAGGCUGAGAAUCUACGUGUUGCACCACGUUCUGAUCAUAAACAAAAAAAAGUUAGCCAGAAAUGGAAAUGCGUUGUUCUAGGUGGAAAAAAGAAAAUUAGUACAGAGUGUAUCUAUGCACCGGAUGGUAAUCCUGUUUGGAACUUUGAAACUACAUUUAAAAUUGCAACUAGGGGUGAUCCAGUUGUCCUCUUAGUUUCCGAUUCUGAAGAUAAUCAUGUCGGUCAGGUAGUUGUACCCGGAGUUACAAUCCCGCCAAAACCGACAGAUCCUUCUGUUAGUCUUACGGAUAAUUCCCGACUAUGCAUCAUGGAGAUGGAACAAACUAAAAAGACGGAGAUUGGCUUUGGAAGACUUUAUUUCUGGAUUUGGGUGGAGGAGUACCGUAGCGAGGAAUCUAAAAGCAGGAGCACCAUGGGGUCGAUUUUAAGCUUGUCGAGCUUACAUCUUCAUAAAGACAAAGGUUCAACACCAAACUCAUUAAAUUAUAGUGGAAGUGUUAUAAGUUUAUCGUCAAAUAAUGAUGAGCACAAGAAAAAGAAACGGUGGUAUAAGAAAGUAGCCAAUCAUGCAUUACAUGUGCCUGCUCCAAUUCGACAAUCACGUUCACCUUCCAACUCACUGUUGAAUACAAAGCCGAUGAAUAAUGGUUACAAUCCAUUUGAUUAUUAUCAACAGAAUUUAAAUGAUGAAGAUGGAGUCAUUGAAGAAAAGGAUGGAAGUGUACUUGGAGCUUAUAGUGAAUUAACAGCUAAUUCAUUAUCAUCCUCAUCAGCAUUUGCUACAAAUCAAUUAAAACGCCGAAAUUCAAUGCAUCCAAGUAAAAGAAGUGGAUCAAUUGCUUCAAAUAUUGAUAUUAGUAUGAAAGAUCCAGAUGAACAUUUAAAAAAUAAACCGGAAUUAUUAAGAAUAGCACCAAAAUGUGGUCCAUCUUCAGGUGGUACUGAGUUAACAAUUUAUUGCCGUUUCCUCACGACUGAAAUAAUGAAGCGAUCUACCGUUUUUGUUGGUGACCAUCCAGUUUCUAGAGAUGAUUGGUUUUUGGAUGAGUCAAGUCAAUCUGAUCUAUCGCAGUUACGUAUCCAUAUGCCUUCGUUACAGCCUGGACGUUAUUCUAUUUAUAUUGAUAGUGUGGAAUUUGGACGCGUUCUUUGUAACCAAGAGUUUACCUACCUUCAUUCGGACGUAAAUUUAAUCCAAUCACCUAGAAGUAGCUUACCUGUUUCAUCAAUGAAUGAACCAACUAACAAAAUUAUUAAUAUUACUCCAAAAACCAAUACAUCUGUUGAGGAGACUGACGGCAGUGUUAUAUUCAGUCGUGUGGGAUCUCAGAGAAGUAAUAUUAUAUUGGUUGAUCGGCGUAGUGGUCGUCGUGAACGUUCAAGACCUGAAGCAUUAGGCAAAUCAGAUUCAUUGAAUAGUUCUAUUUUAGGCGAUUCAUCUAAAAUGGGAGUGACAAAUCAUGAUAAAGUUGAUAUUAUGCAUAAAUAUACCAACAGAACAAUCAAUACUCAUGUCAGUGAUUCAAGUAAAGAGUUAUCAAGCCAAGGUAAACCCUAUAAUAAUGUUGAUGAUGAUGAUGUUAAUAAAAAUUUCUAUGAAACUGAUCAUAAGCCUGUUACUGUUGAAAUUUCCACUUAUAUUCUACCUAGUCCAAUACAUUUUAAUCGUGUUGGUUCACAACGUGGUGAAUUGAAGUUACAUGAUCGACGUAACAGUUAUAAUAGUAAUCGUCAUCAUCCUCGGCGUACUUCAGUGAAAACAACUAGUGAAGAAGAAGUGAAAGAAUUAGGCAGUUCAGUUGAUGUUCAAGAGUCUACUUCACUUUCAUCAGUUAUACUAGAUGAUAGGCGUGAUGAAACUGAAGAUUUCGUCAGUAAUCGUGUAGUAUUAUUGACCAAGUCAGAAAAUAAGAUGGAAAUAAGUGGGAAAAAUUCACCAGAUUUUCAAGAGGAAAUGUCAUCUUUCAAUCCAAUUUCAGAAUUUUCGAUUGAUAAUGAUACAGUUUCUUCCUCUUCUUCUGAAAUAUCUUCUAAUGAACAAUUUAAUUCAUGUUUGGAUAAUUCAGUCAUAACGAACUCUAAUGUCCUAUCGAAUGCUUCUUUAUCUCGAAUACCGGAAGAGUCAGAAAAUAACACGAAACUCAGUGAUUCACGUGAAGCAACUGAUUUUCAAGUUGCUCAUAAUAAAGACGCUAUCCAGUUCGAAAAAUCGAUUGGAGAAAACCCCUAUCAAAAUUCGAUGGAUAUUGGACCUUCCACUGCAAAACAGAAUUUUCUGCCUACCGGUGAGUCAGAAUUAGUCAGUUCAUUAGGAACUCCACCGAAAAUUAAACAAUCAUAUAAACGAAGUAGUCAAUCUAAUUUACCGAAUCGAACAGUCAACAGUGCUAAAUUCAAUCAAAAUGUUAAUCUUAUACCAACACGUAGAGUUUCAUUAUCUAAUUCACAAAUUCGAUUUAAUGAAGAUACAGAUGCAACGGAUUGUGUAUCCACAUUGUCCGGUGAAACUUCUCAAACAAUGGAGUAUAACGAAUUUAAUAAAACUCAUCAUGGUUCUGAUCGAAGUGCUGCUUCUGGACGAUCUAAAAGUAUCAUGGGUGCUAGUGAAGAAGAAGGUCUAAAACUUGAAAAUGAAGAUCUAAUUAUUAAUGCUACUAGAAAAAUCAAGUAUUUUGUAAAAUUAGGCAAAUAAAUCAACGAAAAUGUCACUUGGUAUCUGGUCGAUGAAUAAUAAUCAGUGUUAAGCCAUGUCAGUCAUAAACGAGGCAACGACCCAAACUGCUUCACUUCAUAUCAAGACGACAAAAAUUAUGAUAAUUUGGUGAAUAGAAUUAAUGAAUUCAAAGGUUAGAAGUCAUGUAGUAAUGUUAAACUGAAGAAUAAUGUGUAAAAUUGGGAUUUUGAACCCUUUUGUCUAAAAUCUUCAAAUAUCCUCCAUAUGCCUUAAGCAGAAAGUUUACACUUUUAAACAUGGUUUAACAAAACAGUCAAUAGCCUAAUGCACUGACAUAAUAUUUUGAUCUGGCUGUCACAAGUCUUUUUCCAGCUUGUUUUUAUAUUAGGAAAUAUAGUAAACUGAUUGAGUUAAUAACUGGCCUCCAUGGUUAAUCAAAGUUCACGUUCUCAUUGUUCAUUUCCUCAUCUGUUUACAGUACAUUACAUUGAAUUUCAAUAUUUCUCUCUUAGUAGUUCUACCAUAUAUAAAUUCUCCGGUUAAACCUUAUCGACUAAUUUCAUACAUAUUUCAAAUUACUUACUAUGUCACUCUUGUUUUCAGGGUGAUUUAGUGUUGUUUUCAUUUUAAUAGUUGAUUUCAAAUUGAUUUAGGUCAUGGAACUACGUACUUCCAUUACAAAAUAAAACUAUGUUGGCUUAAAGUCAUUCAGUAAGCGCUUAUUUGCUUUGAACAACGCAUAUACAGAUUAUUUGCUAUCAAUUUAAAGCAUUGAAGUGUACAAAGAAAACGCUUAAUGUUCAUACACUUCAAUCAGAAUACUUAGAUGACAUAAUGUUUGUUUUUUUAAAGUUUUUAUGCAGUCUACUCUUUGACUGUUUUCCCAUUGAUAUAUUUUGCUUUAGAAAUUCCACACACAAAAGCUCACAGAAACUAUGAUAGUUUCAACUUAGAUAUAAGUUGAAAACUGAUUGUUUUUAAAAGAUAUAAUUAACUAGCUGUAACGAUUAUGAUGGUGCUGAAAAUCAACGUACUAUGGACCCUUCGUAGAUUCAAAGUAGAUGUUAAAAUAUAACGAUCUCUAGAAUUAAAUCUCAACUGCUAAAGAUCCCAAAUAUGAUUUGAAGAUGAGCAUUGGGUAGAUACUGCUUCAUAGUUUUAUAUGUCCAUCCAGUGCGACUCUAACCAAGAUCAAAAUCAACUGCCACACUGUCACAAUAAUCUUAUACUAAGAAGCAAGAAUUUAAUAGUUGACUUUUAAUUUAAUGAUUUAUUUAAGAACAACACGUAUAACGGAAUGAGUGAAUGUCUACUAGCUUGGUUUGGAAAGGCUCAAACAAAGACAAUAAUUAAUCCUAUCUUGGCACACACACAGUUGAUAAUAAAUGGUAGAUAAAAUAAAAUCAUUUUGAGUGACCUAUCGCAUACAUUUGUUAUUUCGCAAUGGGAUUUAAUCCCAUCUCCUAAAUAUUAGCAGAACCUGUUAGGAUUCGAACCUAUAAUCCUAGUUUAUGUGACUAGAAGAAAUUCGUGACACUCCUAUCUUGGCCAGAUAUAACUUGAUAAACAAUUUUAUCAAUGUUUUCACAUCUCGUAUGUGUUUGUUACUUUUCACCUCUUUCCGUUUAUAUUCUUCAAUACGUAAUUAUUUACACACAAAUUAUGUAAUUUUAAUAAACUUUUUAUGAUUAUUACUAUUUUAAAGUCUAAUUAUCCAAGUUUGACCUAUUUCCUAUUUUGAACUAUUAACUAGAACUUUUGCGAUUUUACUAUUCUUAUCAGUAGACCCGUCUUUUUACUAUCAGUUUGUACUGUUCACCUGUUAUUCAUAGAUCAUGGACUCAUAAAUUAUUUUGGUGGAGUUUUGUUCUCUG